ACCCAAUUUGUUUACUUCCGGUACAGGAGGCAGCUGACCAGGACUCCUUUUUAGCAGUGACUUUCCGUUGCAAAACAUUGUGUCUGCAUAUUUUUCUAUUGACUUUGUCCAUGCUUUUAUCACAGCAAUUUCAAAUAUGGUAGACUGAGUUGGCAGCAAUCAAGCAAGUGAGAAUGUCAAUUAUACAAGUGACCGGUUCAGGUGGGAGUGUCCACUCGGAUAGGACCCCUUUUUUCGGAGGUCGAGUGCCACCAGAGAUCAGCAUCCUCAUCAAACCAUUGUCAAAAUGUGACAAACAAACAGUCGGGAAAAUUUUGCAAUUGAUUGUAUCAUCCAUGGAAGGCAAACCAGUGAGUCCUGAACAAUUUAAAAAAAUUAGCAGUGAAACUCUGACUGAGGAUACUCUCACUGUCAUAUACUCGGGAUUAUUCUCCCUGCUGAGACGUGCAAUUAGACUACCCCUUACAUCUCUAAAACCAGAGAUGUUCAAAGAGGAUAUGAAUGAACUUCAAAUACCAGCUGAAUUCCAAGAAGAUAUAGCAAGUGUUGUAUUUGGAGCAAGGAGACCUCGUAUUGAAAAUGAGAUCUUAGACAGUCGACCCCGAUUACCAAAGCUGGAUCAACUAAAAUGGAGAGUUGAUGUUGCCAUAUCUACCAGUGUUUUGAAUAGAGUUUUAGAACCUACGAUAUUGAUGGAAAUGAAGCUUAGCAAUGGAAAGAUACACUCAUUUGAGGUUCCCGUGUCACAAUUUCACCAGCUGAGGUAUAAUGUGGCUUAUGUUCUGAAAGAAAUGGAAGAUUUGGAGAAAAAGAGCAUUCUCAAAAUUCAGGAUUGACAGUCAUUAAAAAAUGAAAGAUAACUCAUAUGAUUUUUGUGAUUAUAUCAACUGCAGUCUAAUUGAAACAGAUACCACUGGGGAUGCUCUGUACCUAUUAUUAUUAACACUGAAGAAUUCCAUUUCCUGGUAUAUUUGUGCUGUAUUUUGAGAUUUCAUAGAAAUAAAAUUGAUUAAUUAUU